GUACUCUGAAACUUGCUCGUGUUUGCUACUAUAGUUCUAUAGUUCUAGCUGUGUAAUAAUUGUGACUUCGUUCAACACCUUAUUUUUAAUGUUGCGUCAGAAAACAAAUGACAGGAGCUAUAUUCAGCAAAUUAGCACAUCGGUACAUACCUGUUACCACAUGAAGUUGAGAAAUGAGCGUAGCACUGCAUUUGUACGAAACAGUGUAUGAUACUGCAGAG